AGAAGUGUCGCAAGAUUUGCAGCGACAUCGCAUGCGAAGGUAUUUGCGGUAUUUGUCUUUGACACUGUCACUACGCAAGAGUGCGUAGGAUCAUUUGCAGUUGUUUUGUGCACGAUUCUUUCGUGUUUGUAAUCAUUCGUCGUUAACGCUGACGCAGUGGAAAAGACUCUCCCGAACUCUGAUUAAUAUCUGCUUGAACCUGGAAGCAUAGGUGUCAAUAAGACAGAAUAAGUAACUUUAAUUUUCCUGUUACUUUUUGCACGGUCGGUGAUGCUGAGGCCAGCAGUUACCUUCUAGACGACAGCAAUGGCUCGGACUUCAUCCAUCGUCACCAGUGUUGGAAUCGGUUCUGAGAAUACAGACUUCUAUCUGCAAUUGGCUCGUACACUUCCAUAAGAUUGGUGUUGUGCACUAUGAUAGCACAGCCACCUGGAAGUUUGUUUCGGAGAUGUUCCUCGAAAGCGAAGUCAUUCUGUGCCUUGCUUUGAUGUCACUCGUCUCUGGAAGCGACACUCUGCCUCCGACAUGCGAUAGCAACAUAUACUGCUAUGGAGAAUUGCUCCACACAGUGCAGAUGGCCUCAAUUUUCUCCGAUUCGAAAACAUUCGUGGAUAUGAAAUUAAAAUAUUCUCCAAAUGAGACGCUGCAACGUUUUGAUGAAAUGAUGAAUCGAACAAAGAAAAAUCCUACACGUUUUGAUAUUGAAGUUUUUCUAAAUGAUACAUUUGAACCAGCUGGCUCUGAAUUUGAGGAGUGGGAUCCAGAAGAUUGGGUUGAGCAUCCUGCAUUUCUUGACAGAAUCCAUGAUCCAGAUUUGCGUGACUGGGCUAGAAAAUUGAAUUUGUUGUGGAAGUUCUUGGGCAGAAAGAUAAGAACUGAUGUGAAAAAUAAUCCUGAUCAUUAUUCAAUUAUAUAUGUGCCAAAUCCUGUAAUUGUCCCUGGAGGGCGAUUCAGAGAGUUCUACUAUUGGGAUUCUUACUGGAUUGUAAGGGGCCUUUUGGUGUCACAGAUGUAUAAUACUGUUAAGGGCAUGUUACAUAAUUUAUUAUCAAUUGUUGACCUUUAUGGAUUUAUUCCAAAUGGUGGUAGAAAAUAUUAUGCUAUGCGCUCACAGCCUCCACUACUUAUUCCUAUGAUAAAAAGUUAUGUUGAUGAGACAAAGGAUAUAGACUUUGUCAAGGAACAUAUUGUCACCAUGGAGAAAGAGUUUCAACAUUGGAUGGUCAAUCACACCAUCAAAAUAGAAAAAGAUGGUGUUCAGUAUAAAUUGGCGAGAUACUUUGAUCUGUCCUCAGGACCUCGGCCUGAGUCAUACAGAGAGGAUUACACAAGUGCCCAAAUAUUCAGAACAGCAGAAGAAAAGGAAGCAUUCUAUUCAGAGCUAAAAACUGCUGCUGAAUCAGGUUGGGAUUUUUCAACUAGAUGGUUUAUUUUGAAUGCAACAAAUAAGGGAAAUCUUACAAAUCUUAAAGUGAGGUACAUUAUUCCUGUAGACUUAAAUUCAAUAAUAUUUUGGAAUGCAAAGAUACUUUCUGAUUUUUUUAUGAAUGUUGUUAAUGACGCAGAAAAGUCUAGUAUGUAUGAAGAAAUUGCUGAACAAUGGAAGGAAGCAGUGACCAAAGUUUUAUGGCAUGAGGAAGUUGGUGCUUGGUUGGAUUACGACACAAUCAAUGAGAUCAAGAGAGAUUAUUUCUACCCUUCAAAUCUGGCACCAUUGUGGACAGGCUGCUACUAUCAAAGUGAUAUGACUAGUGAUCGUGUGGCAAAAAUUAUGAAAUACUUGGAGAAAUCGCAAAUUAUGACAAAUCAAGGUGGUAUACCUACGACAAUGGAGCACAGUGGUGAACAGUGGGACUAUCCAAAUGCUUGGCCCCCUCUUCAGUAUAUAAUGAUCAUGGGCCUUAACGCUACUGGGGAUGACUGGGCGAAAGCACUGGCACUAGAGUUGACAGAGAGGUGGGUACAUUCCAACUACAAAGCUUUUAAUUCAUCAGAAGCAAUGUUCGAAAAGUAUGACGCAACUGUCCCUGGAGGUUAUGGAGGUGGUGGAGAGUAUGAGGUACAGCUUGGGUUUGGUUGGACAAAUGGCAUUAUACUGGAAUUUCUUGAUAAAUAUGGUGACAUACUGCAGCCCGAAGACCAGUUCAACAUACAGGCUGCUAGACUGGCAGGUGUAGGCAUCAUGUCAGCAGCAACAAAUCUUGUUUUAGUCUGUCUUUCAGUGGCAUUUCUGUUAAGUAUAUGAUUGUUCUUUUAGAUUAUUGAAAUUAAUAUGGCCAAAUGUGACAGUAAUGAAUUUUUUCUCCAAAUUCUGUACAAAGGAAUGUUAGAAGCAUCCAUAAAAAACCUUGUAGGUUUUAAAAAUGUUGCUACUCUUCCUCCUCAAAUGAGAAUGUUUAUGUGUCACUUGCGUAUAAGUGUUAAUUUAUUAUUUCUGAAGAUCGUGUGUUCAUCUGUGUUAAAUUAUGUGGAGACUUGUUAAUAUUGUUGGUUUAUGUUUUCCUUUGUCUGUUGUCAGCAGCUAAGAAAUGAGCUAUUUUGCCCUUCAACAAAGUAUUUGUUACAUGUCAAAGGUGGUGUUCACAAUUGCUAUUUGUUGAUUCGAUAAAUCAUAGGUGAUAUGAGUUUAAUUCCUCAUAUGUCCUAUGUCAAACUAUGUUAUUUAUGCCAUUGUUUAACUGGCUCAAAAUUUGUCACCUCUGCUGUUAAUACUGUGAUGUAGUCAUAAUUUUAAUGUAUCUUGGAAACUGCAGGUCUAAUAUGGCCUACAUACAAAUUCAGGGAAGUUAAAUUUUUGCUGAAAAAUUGAUGCUAAUAAUAAAUCUGAACAGCAUUUGUGGACUAAGUUAGUGUAUUUAUUGUGAUGCCUGUUGGUUUAAUGCAUUCUGAUAAAUAUCUGAGUUAUGUUCAGUUUGGAGGAAAUGAGGAGGUGGCAAAUUGUGAUCAGUAUUAUAUCCCAGUCAUAAGAUGCCCAAUUUUGCCCCAGACUUCUGGUAAAUAGUAUUUCCCAUACCAAACUUGGUUAUUCAAGUGAAAAGGCACAAAAUCGCAAUCUAAAAGCUUCUGUAUCAACCCAAAUAACGGCAUCCUUUUUCCAUGCACACCCACAUGAAAUGAAGCUAGACAAGGCCAUCUGUGAAGAUAAAUGAUAAAGACAGCCUCGCAGAGUUAGAAGUUGACAGAAUAAUACUUGCGGCUGCAGUGUUCUCAGAAUAUGGGAUGCUUGCUGCAUGUGGGAGUAAUAGUGGGAGGGGAGGCAAGGUUAUUAAUAGCACCAGCAUAAUGUCACUUGCUUUAGAUUCAUUGGUUAGUACUGUAGCGUGUGCUUUGUAAAGAAACGGUUUUUUUUUUUUUCCAUCCUCUCCUGACGAAAUGAAAUAAUAAUUACUUGCCAGUAUUUCAAUAGAUAUUUUUGUGUUAAUGAUUGUUUAUGUACUGUUGCCCUGACAUGAGAAAUGUACCCUUAUGUUCUGACUGUCUACAGUUUUAUUUAUUUUAUUGCCAGCUGGCAGAUAUUAUCUACUCUCAAAAGACAAGAUGCCUGUAUUUAGCCUCCCAGAGGUAUGUUUUACCCCUCAGCAAUCGUUGCCUUUGAAUAGCAGAGUUUUUAAGUAUUAAUACAGAAGUCGACUGUUUAUGCUGCCGUCAUUAUGCAAGAUUUCUUUUAUGAUGUGUUGUCCUUUCUUUGUAUUUAUUUUCCAUGUAAAUAUUUCACAGAUACAUUUCGAGAUGAUGCUCAAAUUAUAUAAUUAUUUAAGAAGAAAAAUUGGGGGUCAAGCUUGCUUGGUAUAGGUAUCAGUUUAUACUUACCUCUAUUCUUCACUCCACUUUUUAUACCAUUAGUUUUGCCUUGAACAAAAUUAAUACCUUAAAAUAUUAAUUAUCACGGAGUUGUUCCAUAUUAGUAUAGGUCUGAAACUGAAAACAGUUGUAUGUAACAUUAUUUUUAUUAAAAAUUUGUGUCAUUAAUUCCUUGUAUGCAUCUGAAUUUCAUGUAUGUGAAAUUCAUAUGGAUACUUCCUUUAUUUAUUUAUUUUUAAUUAAAAAUAUGGAUGUUGAACACCACAUACAGUCAGUUUUAUAAUUUCUUUGUUUGUGUAACUGAAGUUUGAUACAGCGGUAUAGAACACUUUUAGUUCUAAACAUUUGCAGUCCAUAUAUAAAUGAUCAAAAACAUUACACAAGUGUAUUGCAAGUGAGAAAUAAUGUGAGAUACAAAUUUUACAUUCAAUAAAUGUGUAUUUUUGUGCAGUAUUAAAGUGAAAGUUAUCAAAAUUAUACAUGUUGAAUAAUCAUUAUGUAAUUUAAGUUGAUAAUGAUGCUGGGUAGAAUGACAGUCAUUCAAAGUAUCCUGUCUAUUGAAACUUACUGUUGAAUGUGCUACCAUGAGGAGCAGAAAUGAACUCUACAAACUGCUGUAAUCAUCUAAAGAUCAUGUUCCAAAAUGUUAGCUUUUUUUAUUUUUUUAUUAGUCACUUGAGUCCCCAUCAGAGUUUCUCGUAGGGAGAGUCAGCGCUCAUAUGUACUGCAGUUUGUAGUGUUAAAACCUGAAUAUUCAGUUGUACUGUGUGCCUUAAUCUCAACUUCAAAUGGAAUGUACGUAAUAAGCAAUUUGUGGUAGUAACAAGCUAGUGUAUGGAUGAUGGUUAUUGCUCUAAUGUGGUGUUGUAACGCCGCACCUAUGGCGGCCUGGCUGGCGUCUACGACUACAGCUAAGUCCACGUCAUGUACUGGAUGCGCAAGCAGUGUCGCUUCUGCAAGAUUCCAUUUUUCUGACUGAACUUCUAUCUUCUAAAAAUGACAGGAGAAAUUCUGGUUCCUACUUAAAGCUAAUUUGUACAUACUUAAACUUUAAAAGUAUUGAAAUAUGUUCUUACCAGAUUAAUUUUGCCUGUUGAACUAAGUACACAGGUGUCAAGUUUAUUUCUUGUUUCAUCAAAAACCAUGUUAACUGCCUGUUGUGCUGCGUGAAUUCUUUUUUAGAGUAGUAACCAGUCCCCCAUUUUAGUGCUUUGCCCCCAUGAAUAUCAAGCUUAUAAGCGAGGGAAAAAAAUUGUGCCUGCUUGAAACACUGAAUAGAUGAACACCAAUAAUGUGACUCCAUGACCCAGUGUUGUAGGUAACAUCCUCUCUAAUUUUUUUUUUUUUUUUAGUAUCUUCCUCUUGCUCUCGGGCCAAAAGAAUACUUGGUUCUAAAAACUUGAAAAUUUCUCAACUUUCAGUAUUUGAUUUUCAAUCUGAUAUUACCCUUCAAACAAGUAAGUUGAAGUUUCAGUUUAUUACCUACGGUUGGAUGCUGUUAUGGAAAGUUCAACUAAAAACAAAAUGUUUACUGAGCUAUUUCCUCAUAAGCUCAGUGGCUACUACCAAUAGAAUCCUGAGUGCACAUAAAAGCUCAAAAUGUGGUAAUAUCACCAGUUUAUGAACAGCAUGCAAGGUUUUAAAUUUCAAAAAAGACUUCUCUGUAGUAAUAUGUAGACAUGAUAUUUUGUUUGUGAAGAAUUAUUUACAGAAUUUAUUCCAAUGAAAUAUAGUCAUUCUGAAUGAAAUUCUACAGUUGACAAUGAAAUGUGUUGUUGGAUUGUCCAAGGAUAGUAGAGAGAAGCAGACUUGGAAUAUUAAAUAUUGGUCUCUUACUUUCACUGCAAUUUGCUGCUUCUUGAAUUCACAGGGUUUUACUUGGAGCUGUAGAGUCCAACUAUCUCUCUGCUAUUGUGAGUAAUCUGUUCCAUCACAUUAUUUUCCUAGAGACUGCUAGUUCUAAACUGCUAGAACAACAACAUCUGUUGAGUUAGUAAUGGGAGAUGGGAGAUUUUGGGCUGACUACAAAGUUCAGUUCUGCAGUGUGGUGGAUUGUAUGAAAAUUCCACUGUGCUUGAGACAAUGCUCAGAAUUAAGUGCUGCUCUCUGUUGUCAUCCCAACAACCAGUAGCUCAUACACCAUUUCAUUGGAGAUUGCCUUGUCUUCUCUUUGGCAUUAGUGUAUCUCAGUUUCAUUGUAGUCUUGAUCUUACAAGGAAGUACGUAAAUCCCUAUAGAUUUGAGGUAGCUCUUUUCACUACUUAGGCACUCUUUAUGUGGAGUGAAUAUGAAUUCUUCCACAGAGAGUAAAUUGCUGCUUUUUAGAGGCCAUACUCCUAAACCUUUCUUGCAGCACCUGUGAUUUUUCCAAGUAAAGUCUGUUUUAUUAUCAAAUCAUUUCUGAAAAUCACUGUGUUCUUCUGUGUAUAGUCUCUGUGUACCAUUCUGAGUUGUCCUGCACAAAUGUGUCAAGCAGAAAAUAUGGCAUUGCUUCAAAAUAGCUCCAGAAUGUCACUUACAUUCAUGGUCCCCUUAAAAUUAUUUUGUAGCAACAAAAGUUUCUGCUGGUGUUGGUGGUCAUUCUGUAUCUUCAUCUAAUGAGUCAAUAUUUGACUGUAUAUAAACCAGUUGUAAGUCUGUGUAUGAUUUCAAGUGUAAUUACCAACUAUUUGCUUCAACAUUUUAAGUAUCUUUGUUACAAGUCUGUGAAGCCUGGAACUUAAUCAGACCUGCUGUCCUCUCACAGUAGGCAUCACACAUUUUUUGUGCAAAAAACACAGAUUUGAAAAUAUAUCUAAAAAUUAUGAUCACAUAAGCUAAAAAGUUAAUUAAAUCAUUCCUCAUGGGCUGUGUUAAGUGUUUGUCAGUGGCUACUUGUUGUGCAGGCUUGUGUGUAUAAUGCAGAUGUCAAGGCUUUAUGGAUGGUGCCUUAUGAGUUAAGUGUGCAGUUGUUUCACAUGAUGUGGUGCAACUGGAUAUGGUUACAGAUCAGGUGCAAUCUGCCUUUAACAUAAUUUGUUCCAAGUACUUCAUUCAGACUUAUAAGUUCUUGCCUGUAGCAUAUUGGAUAGGUUGCCGAUAGCCACAUAUAUUUGGCUAUCUUAAUUUUUGCUCCCAAAUGGUAAAAUUUAAUAACACUGUUAAUUUGCAUAUUGGCUGGACAGGGUACUGAUUCCAUGUUUUACCUUCUUAUGGGCUGGACUCUGUUGUAUGACUGAUUACUGUGGCUAAAGAGAAGAUGCAUUCAAGGAACAGCUUGCCACCCCUUGUAACUUCGUAUGCAGAAUUCUAGGUUUAAUGUAGGCAUGAAAGAAUUAAUGCAGAGCUAAGUAGCCCAAAUUGACAUACUUGCUGCCAUUAAAAAUUCACAAUUCCUUGAAGAAAAACAAUUUUUUGUUUAUACUACAGAUUGUUACAGUUGAUUAAAUGUAAGGAGUUUCUCUGUGUGUGUUUGUAUUAUGAAAAUUUUGAUAGUUGAACAGUAUGAGCAAUCAGUGAUAAAGAAAAUAAGAAAUAUCUGUGAUAUUUUUAUUGAUGUACACAAAGAAGGCAUUUCUUAAAUGUAACAUUCCAUUAGCACAUAGAGCAGUAUUCUGCCAUAUAACCGAGCGAGGUGGCGCAGUGGUUAGCAUACUUGACUCGCAUUCGGGAGGACGAUGGUUCAAUCCCGCGUCCGGCCAUCCUGAUUUAGGUUUUCCAUGAUUUCCCUAAAUCGCUUCAGGCAAAUGCUGGGAUGGUUCCUUAGAAAGGGCAUGGCCGAUUUCCUUGCCCAUCCUUCCCUAAUCAGAGCUUGUGCUCCAUCUCUAAUGACCUCGUUGUCAACGGGACGUUAAACAGUAAUCUCCUCCUCCUCCUCCUCUGCCAAAUAAAACUUGACUGCAUGCUGUGCUUUGGAGAUUCGUUCUUGAUUCUCACCCCCACCCCCCCCUUUUCCCACCAACACAGAUACAAAAGAAUUCAUGCAGCAGAAGAAUUGAUAGUAAUUUUGGCUGUGAACUUGAUUUAGAUAGUUCCUUUCCUACUAUUUCAGUAGUAGUAUUAUUAUAAAUUAUGUUCACUGACAGAUAUUUUUUCUGUUUUCACUGACUAUUUUAAACUUGCAUUUGUUUAUAUGUGUAUUUUCUUUUAUCUUUUGACUGUAUA